CCUGUCGUUUUCAGCGUGUGGCUCCAGUGCGCAUGCGCGGUAUCCCACACGUGUGGUGAGGUUUGGACUGACUGGCUGCAACAGAGCUGAGAGAGUUCGUAGCUCCACAAAAGUAUUACUUACAUCAAACAUAUCUCACGGUUUUUUUUUGCCCUUUUUUAACUCGGGUAGAAGAAAAUAGUCCUCCGUGAAGCAUUUCGCCGAGAGGGCCGGACUAUCAGAAACAAAACUCUUAACAAUGACUGAAGCUCAAGUCAACCCGAAGGCCUACCCGCUGGCCGACGCCACGCUCUCCAAAACUAUCUUGGACCUGGUGCAGCAAGCUUCCAACUACAAACAGCUGAGGAAGGGGGCUAAUGAAGCCACUAAAACCUUGAACAGAGGCAUCUCUGAAUUUAUCGUGAUGGCUGCUGAUGCUGAACCACUGGAGAUCAUCCUCCACCUGCCACUGCUCUGUGAGGACAAGAACGUCCCCUACGUGUUUGUCCGCUCCAAGCAGGCCUUGGGUCGGGCCUGUGGGGUGUCUCGCCCUGUCAUAGCUACCUCAGUCACCAUAAAGGAGGGCUCACAGCUCAAACCGCAGAUUCAGUCAGUUCAAUUGGCUAUUGAGAGACUGCUCGUCUGAUUUCUGUUGCACUGUUGUGACAAUGUCUCCUUGAAAAAAGGACAAGGAAAAGUCCACAUUGAAAUAAUUCUGUUUUGAUUAAAAAGAAAAAAGUUGUAAUGCAUGACAAGAGAAUAUAGUUUUUUUUGUUUUUUUUCUUACUUAGGACAGUGCGUCCAUUUCAGUGUAUCAGUUUGCCAAGGCAUCACCUGAUUCAUAAUAAAAUACUUUUUUAUUUAAA